CUGAAGAGGUCUAUGUAAUUUAAAUAUCUCUGAUAUAUCUAUAUAUAUAUAUAUGUUUUAUGUUGACGAGGAAGUGAUUACUUCUUUAUGGCUGGUUUCCAAUAAAUUAUAACUAAAAGAAACAGGGAUCUAACGCUAUGGGGAAUAAGGAGAGUAGUCUAAAAUUAAAAAGUGGUACAUCGUCGGAACCAAACGCCAGCAACAACAAUAUAGAGAACUUGCUACGUAACGCCAUUAGAAUAGCAUAUAGCAUUCCAAUUGCAGAUUUAUAUGUUUAUCGUGACGAAAUAAAACCUUUGAUUGACAAGAUCAUUGGUAAAAGAGAAAGCAUGAUCAGUAUAAAAAUUGACAGAAAUAAAAUAUACGAAGAAGCAACAGGUCGAUUUGUUGGGAAAGUGAAACAGCUUGCUAAAAUUAGCAGUCCCAUGCAUGAAAAACCUGUGAUCACAUUCAAUGAUACCGACGUGUUAGACGUCGAUGGAAGUGGAUUCCGAAGAGAGUACUAUUCGGUAUACUUUCGAAAAUGCAUAGCUAAUCUUUUUGAAGGACAAGGAAGACAAAUGUUACCAAAGAAAGACUGCACCAAAAAGGAUGAGUUGAAAGCUCUUGGGAUAGCCAUCGUUGAAUGUGUUUUGAAUGGUGAUUGUGGGUUUCCUUACCUACACAGAGGAAUUUAUAAAGCUAUAAUUGGAUGUGAUUCUGAUGAAAUUGAUCAGCAUUGCAAUUUAAAAGAUAUUCCGAACGGCGAGGUUCAAAUGGUUGUGCAGCAAAUAAACGAUGCAAACACUGACGGAGAAAUAACCGAAAUUCUCGCUAGCGAUUUAGCCUCCUUCAUUAGCUAUGUUGGAUGGCCAGUUGGACAAACAGUAACGAUGACUAACCGACAUGUGUUGCUGCAGUAUAUACUCCGAUGGUUUAUCAUAGACCACAGACAAAAUGAAAUAGACCAGUUACGUCACGGUCUCAGCUAUAUGGGAUUUCUUGAUGCCAUUAAAUCAAACGACUGGUUUGAACCUUUAUUUGUUUACUCAGAACAGUACAGCAUUACAGCAAGAUACAUGAAAGACAAGCUAAACCCAGUCCUAGAAAAACUGGAAGCCAAAACUGAGAAGGAAAUUAACUGUGUAAAGUUUGCUAAAGCUUGCAUUGAUUCCUUAGAUGAUACACAAGCCAGAUUACUUUUUGCCUUUGUCACUAACCUCAAUGACCCACCAUUAGAGGAAGAAUCUAUGGAAAUCAUCUUUAAUACACAAAACCCUGAUAGACUUCUACCAGAGAGCUAUACAUGUCUGAAUAGACUUCUUCUUCCACUGGGAAAUAAAGAUAUUAACCACUUCAAAGAAUCUUUUUUCAAGGCAAUAAUGGAACAAUGAUACAGAUUUCUGACAUACCAAAUUGUUUUUGUGUUUAUUUUGUUUUUCACUUAUUGUUGUUGCAUGCACGAAUAAAAGAGAAAUCAACUGUGAAUUUCCUUAGACAAAAGAAUGUUAUACCACUCAACACAACAGAAAUGAGAGAUUACUAUUUGGAAAUCAAGAUCAUGAAAUUGAAGGACGACGAAAACCAUAUCAGUUGAAUAGUUGCAAUUAAUUUAACGUAUAAUACUGAUUCCAGAGCGCACAUGUAAUUCGGGGAUGUUUUCAAAAAGUUACGCUCGAUAACCAAAUGAAGGGAAAUUUUGGAAGAAAAAAUGUUAAUGACAAAAACUUAAGAUACUAAUCAGUCUUAAGACAACUCUUUGUCGAUUUAAACUGUUAGAUCAUUUGCCUCUUAUCGUUAACAAUGAAAUGUUUCAUUAAUAUCCAAUUUCACGGCAGGCUUAUCAAAGCUUGAAAAUUGGUGAAAUUUGUUAUCUAUUACUAUGAGGUCUACUCAUAGAUAUCAUGGACAUUAAAGCUCACAAAUGCUUUAAGGUGUGAAAAAUGUGUAUCAGAACGGAAAAAGGAUCUUUGUAAUAUUAAUGUUCAAUUACACUUUCAUAAUUUGAGUAUGUUUUUGAAAAAGUAAUGAUUUAUUGCGUUUUAUUAAGGCAAAAUGUUGAAUUAAUUUCAAGACUUCACAAUACAAUACAAUCAUUGUCCGGUUGUGUCGGUUCAUUUAAGAAUUGAAUGCUUCUUUUUGUAAAUCUAUUGGGGUGUAAAAGCGUUGACCAAAGUACAUUUUGUAUGAAGCGUGGAAGCGCUUCAUUCCAAAAAUGUGCGCACGGUCAACGCUUUUACAACCCUAUAAAGUUACUAAAAGAAGCAUUCAAUACUUAUAAUUACAUUUUUUGCUGGGAACAUGAAAACACGAUUUCUAUCAAGUUUUUCUUUUAUUUACCUGUGCACUUUAUUGUAGAAGCUAGUGUCAUCAUGAAUUUUAAAUUUCAUUUUGAAAUGAAGGUUAAUUUUAGAAUGACGCGGGAUUGCUGUUAGCCAAUCAAAAUAACGUAUUAUAAUGAAACAUACAUGUAAUGUAAUUAUAUAAGAUUAACAGACCGGUUAUGUUCAGUAGAUAAAAGAGAAUCAAUAUAAGUAUUAACUAUGA